AUGACAUCUCAUGAAGCUAUAGGUUGGAUGAGGAUAUGCAGACCUGGCUCCGUAAUCGGACAGCAGCAGGAAUGGUUGGAACAACUUGAACCGUGGCUGAUAAAACAAGGGAAUUUAUAUAGGAGACGGACAUUCGGUGACGAUGAUAAGUUCCCAAAACACGAAUACGGUUUAUAUUCAAUAACUGAAAAAGCUCUCAAGCAGAAGCCAAUUUUAUUUAGUAAAUCACCUUCCCCACUGCCUCCCAUACAAAGGCAUAAUCGAAUAGAUAUUUCACUACAACCAAGGCCCCAUGCUUCUAAAACCAGGGAUGGAGAAAAUAAUGAAAACGAAGAGACAUUCCUUACCUCUUGUGAUUUAACCGUAAAGCCCUCUGUGCCCAUGUCUCGUAUGAAAGGCUGUAUUAUAAAUAGUAGCGCUGUAUUUGAGAACGACGGAUUAGAUUGCCAAUCGGAAAAUUUAAAUGUACCAAAAUGGAAGAGAAUUCUCUUUUGUCAUUCGUGUACUAACGUCUGGAAUAAAAACGAUAACAAUAAAUCGCGUCGCAGCUGCGGCUCCGGCGAUCCUCGUUCCUUAGGCUGGCCUACGACAUCAACAUUUCUUGAGAAAAAGAACACACCAAACCAUCAUGACUGUUACAAAAAGAUCUCCAGUGAGUACGCUCCUAUUCCUACGUUUUGUACAACUCAAGGUCCUAUUGUGAAAACUGUAAAUGAAGCUCGAGAUUUUCUAAUGCGAGCCUACAAAGAAAAUCGUGAGAGGCAAUUGAGAUCUACACCUGGGAUAACAGCAAAAAUGCCACUUCAAAGACCUAAUGAGCAUUAUGAAUCAAUUUAUGGAAUUACAACAUGCAAUGCGCCUUCAUCUUUUGUUGCGGGAGAAUCUUCUCACUCAUAUUAUCGCCGUCGGCUUGGCCGCAGUCCAAGCCCACCGCAAGCUCGGUUAGUUGCAGAACAAUCACGGGCUACCAACACACCACCGCUAAAACUGAGGAUGCUUAAAAAAGAUUCUUCUAAAUCUACUAUCCGUGAUGCGUUGUCGAAGCUAAAAUGUGCUAUAAAUAAAAAAAUAAGACUAACGCCACCUGAGAUGGGUGCUUUAGUAACAAAAGUCUUACGGCCUAUAAAGUCAUUUAAUAUUGAAAAUCGAGCUCAUAGAGUAAUAUCGAAAGAAAAACCAGUCCCGGCGCCGAAGUAUGAGGCGAAUAUUGAAGAUUUGAAACGGACGCUGGAAGCAGUUCCCAACUUAGACGAUAAACUUGAUAAAAAGGAUCCGGCCCUCGAUGGGAGAUUGAAAGAUGUUUAUGUAACAUCUCACGGACGUCCAGAAGAUGACAUUACAAGAGAAAAGAUGAAACAAAAUCCAAACCGCCCACUUCCUCAAGAACGAAGACAAGUUCAGAACUACGAUCUUGGAUUGAAGGAACCAGAUACGAUUCCAUAUGGAAGAACAACAUUACGCCGGGCUUUAGAGUUUAUUGAAUCCCACCAAAUGAACCCAAGUGAAGUAACAGCUUCGAAAAUAGCUUUAGAAUAUAAGCUUAAAGAAAAGGAUGUAGAAACAAUUUUGAAAUAUUUCAAAACAUAUGAAAUUUAUAUUCCUGAAACAAAGAAAUCUGCUGCUACUUUUGCUGGACCCGCAACCUUUAGGAAGCAACUACAAAACACUGAAGUCAAACAAUUAGAAGAUAGCAAAAAUGAUAAAGUUGAAACAAGAGGUAGUAAUCAGAUGAAAGGCAAAGUGUAA